CUAUCUCUGUCUUUCUCCUUCCCACCUUCCCAAUUCCCAGUGUCAGUGUCACUCAGACUUCUAUUGUCUGCCUACAGAGUUAUUCUUCUUUCCCAGAUCAGCUUCUAUAAUGGCAAGCCAAUCCACCAAGGAUCAAGAAACAAUCUACGACUUCACUGUUAAGGAUGCUAAAGGAAAUGAUGUAGAUCUUAGCAUUUACAAGGGAAAAGUCCUACUGAUCAUUAAUGUUGCUUCCAAAUGUGGAUUGACCAACUCCAACUACAAAGAACUGAAUCAAUUACAUGAGAAGUACAAAGAUCAAGGCUUGGAGAUAUUAGCAUUUCCAUGCAAUCAAUUUGGUGAGCAGGAACCAGGAAGCAAUGAUCAGAUCUUAGAUUUUGUCUGCACUCAAUUCAAAUCAGAAUUUCCCAUCUUUGAUAAGAUUGAAGUGAAUGGAGACAAUGCUGCUCCUCUAUAUAGGUUCCUAAAAUCAGGGAAAUGGGGAAUCUUUGGAGAUGAUAUUCAAUGGAACUUCACAAAGUUCCUUGUUGAUAAGAAUGGGCAUGCUGUUGAUCGCUAUUAUCCCACAACUUCUCCUCUUACCAUUGAGGUGAUGGCAUUCUGCUGACUUUGUGACACUAUUGCAGAUAGAUGUCAAGAAGUUGUUGGGGGUCAUGUAAGUGCUGAGAUUUGAAGGCUUCACGAGGUCAUAAUAAAUGUAAAGCAAGUGGAUGCUUGACUUGUGUUUGGUGUCUGGUUCUGUGCCGUUGAGAUGCAUGAAAGUUGUAAUGGAUAAUAUUAUACUUAAAAAUCUAAUUGCAGUUCCUGAAAAUGCAGUUCCAAAUUCAAGUUUUUGUUGUUGUGUGUUUAAUCAUGACAUUUUAUUGAUACCUCUAAUGGUAGAGAUUGAUUUUCUCA